GGCGCGUGUCACGUCUUCAAAGCAGAAAAUCCUCCAGUUGCGGACAGAAGUGACAAACAUGACCCACCUUGCGGGCUGUAGCUGAGCAAAAAGGCAUUUCUUCCACUGUUUUCAGUCCCGGGUCCGCCUGACCCGACAGAGACGCUUCCAUUUUUUCAUAUAUUUCCAUCUCCGCCGAAUCGACAAUAUUUCUGAGACGAAUGUCCACAUGGGAAGGGGCAAAGACUACGCGGUCUUGUCGUUUGCUUCCGAAAGUGAACUGGAGGGGGGGGCAGGGUUCCCGAACGAAGUGUACCUGUUUCAGUGUGCCUCGAUUUCGUGUCUUAAACUGUAUUCCGCCGAGAAACCCGCCGUUAAGUCUUCUCAAACCUCGUCUCUGACAGCGGUGUCUCGUGUGAAAAGCCUGCCACUUCAACAUUUUCGUCGCGUGCCCCCGCCUUUACACUUUUGCACGAACCGCCCCUGUGGCAUUCCCUUUCGGGAUAUCUCGUAAAUGCGCCGCUGGAAACACGUUCUACGUCUCUCUGCUGACUUGCAGACUCAUCGUGGCGCCCGGCGCUUGGCCUUGUCCAGCUUGCACCUGCGAAGGUUAUUCAGCGUUUUCGUGAAAAAACUGGGGUGUGGCGAAGCACAGCUUUUCCGCGGGCGCCUCCGGUCUGGCGUAGCGUCGCUAGCUCGCUUUUGUGUGCAUUUUUCUGGCGGCCCGUUUCUUGUUUUCCUUUUUGUCUUUGAAUCCUUCCGAAUUCCUUUAGUCGCCGUGCAUGUGUCGGGGGUCCGCAUUUCCGAGGUCACUUUUUUGGCCGUUCUACCAGGAUUUGCGAGUUGUCGGGUGUAGUUAGGAAAGGAGCCCCUGUCGCCAGUGCAGGCAGUUCGCUUAUCUGACUUUUUCCUGUCUUUUCGCUUCGCCCUUUCCUUUUUUUCACCCGCGACUGUCCCAUCUUUGUUUCUUUCCGGACUUUACGCUCGGUUCAUUUCUUCGCAACAUGGCGCCUCGCACCUCUCUCGCGCUCUUGGCGCUCUAUGCGCUUGUGAGUACCUCCUCCCACUUGCUCCCCGACUCUUUUCCCCCCUCGUUUUCUUCGCUUUCUCUCUCGGGUGUCUCGGCAGCUCCUCGCGAGGCGGGCGUGGUGAAUGUGGAGGAAGCUUCUUCUUCAGGUGCUGCUCGUUCCGACAAGUCGACGAAGAGCUACAGCGCGCAGCAGCGACAGCAGACGCGGGAGAACCAGCUGAAGGUUCUCGAGAGCGGCGCGAUGACUUUGUCCGGCCUCGGGACGUACAAAGAGUUCAUUGCGUCUCACCCGUUUGUCUUAGUGAUGUACUAUGCGCCGUGGUGCUACUGGUCCAAGGCGACGCUUCCCGAGUUCCACGCAGCGGCCAAAAUUUUGGCGCACCACGAACCGCCGGUCAUUCUCGCGCUCGUCGAUUCUGUCGAAGAAGAAGAAAUCGCGAACCACGAAGACAUCCGGGAGUUCCCGACGCUCAAGUUCUUCAUCGAUGGGCGCUCGCAGGCGUACGAGGGGCGCCGACACCGCACCCACCUGGUCCACUGGGUCGACACGCGCCUAGACCGCGACAAGUCUCUGACUUCCAAGCAACAUUUGGACGAGGUGAUGUCCAAUCGCGACCACGGUCACCUCGUGAUUGUCGGCGCCUUCAGCGAGAGCGGGUACGACGCGAAGGCGUACGUCUCGGUCGCGCGCCGGUUCGGUGAAGACGUCUUCUUCGGUCAUGUGCAAGACCCGGCGCUGGUGAACCACUUGCGCGAGCACAUUCGCCGCCUUCUGGGAGGCGAGAAAGUCGCUGCAGAUAUCGAGCGCCGCCUGGUAAGCCCCCCUUUUAUCGCGGUCUUCUCCAAGCACGCACAUGAACCCGACGUCCACAUGUACACUGGAAAUCCGUCGGAUGUGUCUGCGCUGACGACCUUCGUCAGCCGCUUCCGCUUUCCCCUCGUCUCCAUCUUCGACGCGGAUCGCCUGCCCGAGAACUUCUUCACAGACGGCCGGCCGAAGGCAGUGCUGAUCGUGGACUCCAAGAGGAACCCAGCGGCUGUCGCUGCUGUCGAGUCUGAGGUGUCGACCGACCCCAUUGUGCGCGCCUUUCUGGAGGGCGCGAGGAAACACAGGCACUCGGUCCUCGCCGCGGUCUGUGGCGUCACUUCUGCGUUCGAGAAACACAUGCUCGAGCUCCUAGGCGUCGACGAAGACGCUCUCCCGGCCCUGCGGAUCAUGUCCGUGAACCCCGACAGCGACGGCAGACACCACCCUGCGCUCAAGUUUCGUCCUGAGGAGCCGAGCAACGCCCCAGGUCGCCCGCGAGCGCCGGUGAAGACGCUGACCCCGUCCACUGUGUCGUCGUUCUUUGACGACUUUGUCGCGCGAAAGCUCGAGCCGUACUACCGCUCCGAGGCGGCGAGCGACGAGGAAGAGCCUCGCGGGUCGGUGAAGACUGUCGUGGGAUCCACCUUCCAGCAGAUCGUCAAGGAUGCUGACGGCGACGUCUUCAUCGAGUUCUACGCACCCUGGUGUGGCUACUGCCGCAAGCUCGAGCCGGCGUACAAGGAGCUUGCGGCCCGACUCAGGGAUGUGCCAGGUGUGACCAUUGCGAAGAUCGACGCGACCCGAAACGAGGUGCCGGGCAUGAAGGUUGCGGGGUAUCCCACGAUCUUCCUGUUUCCUCACGGGAAGAAGAACGAGCCGCCUCUCGUCUACAGCGGAGACCGAACUGUGCAAGACAUGCUCGAGUGGCUACAGAGCCGAGUCGCGCGCGCCCACUUCGACACAGGCAACCUUCUCGCGCUGGACUUGCAGAACCGCGGCGGACAAGCCGUCGGUAGUGUCCUGGAGGAACUUUAGACCAGACGUAGAGAACGAGGGAGAACAGAUCGCGAGGAAAGGAUGCGAAAAGAACCGAUAAGAAGCGGAGAGUCAGGACGACGGAGGCGCGAGGAAGAAGAGGGGGGGAGGAACACGAGAAGGAGACGCUGGGGAGAGACGAGCAGGAGAAGACUAAAGAACAGAGAAAGGAAGACGAGAAGGAGAGCGGCAGGGUAAAGACCAGGAGAAGAACAACGUGCAACCAAGACAGGAGGAAGCAAGAGAGGUUCGAAAAGCCUGCUAGAGACGCGGAGACAGGAGAGCCUCAGUGAGACAAACGGCGUUUCAAGCAGGCAAAUCCGAGCCGGACACUUGUAGAGACAGGAAGAGACAGGCGCCUCAGGAGAGAAUGGAGAUAGGCGGGUCGUGAACAGGGGCAUCGCGAGAAGGCGCGUUGAGUUGAUGAUCUAUCUCAAGUCAAGAGCGGGGAGAGAAGAGAAGAAAAGAAGACCAGAGAGAAGAGAGAGUAGGAGUUGAAGAGAAGAGUGGAAGAAGAAAAGGAGUUAACUGGCACACAUUUUCUUGUCCGAAGAAAGCGAGUCUUUCUGUGGGGUCGACUCGUGGCGAAGCUACCUGCAAGGAAAACGACGAGAAGUUCUGGUCUGUGAAGUCAGAAAGCAACUGAAGCUAGACUCUCUGUGUCUCCACACUAUGAAAGGGGAAUCCAGUCCAGGUUUGAACGCCUUGCAGGAAGUUUAAUUUUUCUCGUGGUAAGCUGACAGAUUUGUCUGCGCUAGAAGCAGUGGUCGCACGUCUUGGUUUUUCUGUGAUUUGGAGACGUGAGCGCAUGACGGCGGCUCGGCCAGCCAGCCAGCGGGCCUGGAGGCUUGCAUGCAGCUAGAGAAAGCCUUUCGAUUUCAAUCUCCAGGAAAGUUGGAGACCAAGGAGGUAUCGCUACACUGGAGCGAACUACGCAAGGGUGCCUCUGUCAGUGGCAGAAGCCUGUCGCCUCUGCCUUCCUCGGUUUCUCGUUGAUAAAGAAUUGUAAACUUAGCGAGACCGGCGUCUUCUUUUCCUCAGCUGUCGCUUGACACGACGAGGCACAAGCGCUGACCUUUUAUCGGAUUGUGGGGCUGGUGUCUGCGCGUAGAGAGAGAAGGGAGAUGGGGAAAGGAAAGGGGAAAAAUAAUUGGAGAGGAAGCAUCCGACGGAGCGUCGGGUGUCAAACUUUUUUUGUGGCGUAAUUGGCAGUCGUAGGUUGUUCUUUUUUUCGUUUUUCUCACAUCUUGUCUUUUUUUUGUUCUCUCCUUCUCUCCUUAUUUCUCUCUCUCAUUCGUUUCCUAUCUCUCUUUCCCUUCCGAUCUCUCUUUCGCUUUCUCUCUCCCUCUGCCUAUAUCUCUUCCGGAUUGCCUCCCGUAUAUCUGCCUUUCAUCGUAUCUCUUGGCGUCUCUUUCUCUCUCGGUCUCCGUUUGUCUCUUUCCGUAUUGUUGUCUCCUUUGCCCUCAAACCCUUGUGAAGAGGGGAAGGUUUACCGAGUGGAGCUUCGGACGAGAAGAGGAACUUGCAUGCGUCUGCUCUUCAGCAGUGACUUCGAGCGUGGAGAAACUUCAAGGUUAGGGGCUCUGAUCAGGUUGCCGCAGUUCCGCGCGAAACUGUUUCUUGUGUUUUUCCUGUCGCGUUUCUUCACUUCUCUCUUGCGGCUUUCUGCGGAUGAUUUGUACAACGCCAGGCGAAGCAGAGCGGCGUUGUGUACGAUGGACUCUUAACUCGGUCCAAGCUUCUUUUUCAGUUCUCCUAGACCAAAACUGGGAUGAUGUUGAGAAGCACUUUGCUCUCGUCUUUGUCUUUCUAUUGUUUCUCCAGUGUCUCUUUUAACUAGAGUCGUCUUUGCUGGGUUGUCUCUCUUUGUGUCUCCAGUGUCUCUUUUAACUAGAGUCGUCUUCGCUGGGUUGUCUCUCUUUGUGUCUCCAGUGUCUCUUGACUAGAGUCAUCUUUCCUGGGUUGUGUGCAACGCCUGCUGGAACUCCCUUCAGGCUCACGUGUUUGCGUGCUAAGGAUGUUUGCUUUUUGCCUUCGACCCUUCUUAGGGCGCCUGCGAGAGAUCGUUGCCUCCUCGACGUCCAUUUUGAUGAAUUCGGGUACAAAGAGGAAUGCGCAUAUAUAUAUAUAUAUAUAUAUAUAUAUAUACAUACAUAUCUAUCGAUACGUGAAUACAUAUAAUUUGUAUAAAUAUAUAUGUGUACAUGAGAGUUCCUAGGCGUCUGCGUACACACUGAUGUGAGCUAGUGGGGUUGUGAGCUCUGUCGAUGUGCAGGUUGCAUAGCAAAUGUUGUUGGGUACACGUCCCGUGUACAUGUGCAUGAUUUCUCGACAUUUUUGUGCUUUUUCGAAGACAUUUCGUCGUUUGGCUGCGAAAAAUUGUCGUGAAGCGUGUCUCUGGACUCUCAGUACACUCACACUGCGAAUUUAUUCUGCUACUACAGAGAGGGGCUGAACAGACCGACCUGAUUCAGAGAGCCCAGCACGGUGUACGCAUACCCCGGAGCGAACAAACACAGAGAUCGAGAAGGGGGCAAUGAAAACGAACUCUUCACAGAAUUUAGAAGCCAAGCGAUGAUGCCUAGAUUCGAUAGCGUGAGACACACGGAACAUCCAGUUAUUAUACACCUGUAGUAAUGUUUUAUGUGGUUAAUUGCCAAUUAAGCAUGCGAAUUUUAGGUUUUCCAUGAAAUCUAGUCAGUGAUGCCGUAAGCACAU